CGUGAAAUUAAGAUCAUUUUCUUCAGUAAUGCAAAGCUUCACUUCACUCCGUACAAAACGUCGCCGUUUCACAUCUUCGUCUUCUAUUUCCUCUCUUUUUUUUUUAAAAAACAAAAAAAAACUUUUUCCGGAAAAAUGAGGUUUCAGCUUCUAACAGUGUUGUGUUUCCUCACAGCGUCUCCCAUCACAGCCAAAUUCUACCUCAACGUGACAUCUAUACCACCGCUACAGAUCCUUAACGCCACGCGCGGCGCGUGGGAUUACUUCCACAAACUCGCCGGCUGUCACGCCGGCGACAGAGUGUCCGGCCUUUCCAAGCUCAAGCAGUACUUCCGUCGCUUCGGCUACAUCACCACCGCCGCUACGGGGAACUUCACCGACGACUUCGAUGACGUACUCGAAUCGGCGAUCAGGAUCUACCAGAAGAACUUCGACCUCAAAGUCACUGGCGAACUUGAUGCGGCGACUCUCCGACAGAUCGUGCUGCCGAGAUGCGGAAACUCCGAUGUGAUCGACGGAUCCUCCGAUAUGAACGCCGGAAAAGGUUUCCAAAAGACGGCGAUGACAGCAGGCGCAGCUCGGAUCCGGACGACGAAGCGGUACUCGUUCUUCCCAGGGAAGCCUAGGUGGCCGGCGAGGAAGCGAGAUCUCAUCUACGCCUUCGUUCCGCAGAACAACCUCACCGAGGACGUGAAACGUGUGUUCUCACGCGCCUUCGAUCGCUGGGCGAAUGUAACGCCGCUGAGAUUCACGCGCUCAGGAUCUCUCCUUCGAGCCGACAUAGUGAUCGGAUUCUUCUCCGGCGACCACGGUGACGGGGAGCCGUUCGACGGAGCUAUGGGAACGCUUGCGCACGCGUCUUCUCCGCCGACGGGGAUGUUCCACCUCGACGGCGACGAGGACUGGCUGAUCUCCGACGGCGGCGGAGAAAACCGGAGGAUUCUGUCGGUGACGUCGCUGGUGGAUCUGGAAUCGGUGGCGGUUCAUGAGAUCGGGCAUUUGCUUGGCUUAGGGCACUCGUCGGUGAAAGAUGCGAUUAUGUAUCCGACGAUCGCCGGAGGAGAUCGGAAAGUGGAGCUGGCGAAGGAUGACAUCGAAGGGAUUCAGCAUUUGUACGGCGGAAACCCUGACGGAACAGCAUCGUCGGAGAAUUCUAGUCGGGGGAGGGAGACCAGCGGUGGAGCUGAAAGCUUCAUCAAUGGCGGUUCCCGGUGGAGAGGACUGAGCCUAUUAUUAUUGGUCAUAGGUUUUUUGGUUCUAUAGGACAUACUUUCUUUUAUUGUUUCUUUUUCGCUGAUUUUUGUAAUCAAUAAAUUAUCAUUUAUAUAAAUAGUGUCCAAAACA